UAACAUUUGCUAGUGUGUGGUAAUAUUUUAACGGUGUAUUCAAUGUAAUAUUUGUCAUUCAACCCCGUGUGUUCUACUUAUUGUCAUGUUUUAGUAGUAACUACACCACUGCGUUUUCUCCGCGCAAACAAGCGCUCCCCAAGUUCUGCCCGCCCCUCCCACUUCUGCCAGGAGAAAGGGACUUGAAACCCAUCAACAAAUUUUUAUGACGAACUAGCAUUUUUGACUAAAGGCGUCUAAUUUUACUGUCUUUUCGUCAUUAUGUAACCGAGGGCUUUUCAUUCACUGGUAGUUUUCUGUUCCACGUCCUCCCUCCUUGAGCUCUACCUUGUUGAAAGCCAAGCCAGAGAAGAAGAGGGAUAUGUGACCACCUCUUACUGGGAGGGGGCGAGCAAGAAAGUGGCUUCCUUGCUUGUUACAGCUCAGGAACAGGAGCCUAGAGAAGGAAAGCCAGCAGAAAUUGUGUCAUGAUGUUUGAGACAGAAGAAAAAGGAGCUUCACCUGCAGCUAGUAAAAAGGCAGAUGUCACAGCAGGACACAUGUCUAGUAACACUCAACAGGUACAAGGUGGAGCAUCUGUGGCCUCCAUACAGCCUCCUGCUCCCACAGCAACGGAGGAUGAGGAUGAGAGUGAAGACGAAUCAGAAAUUCUGGAGGAGAGUCCCUGUGGCCGCUGGCAGAAACGCAGGGAGGAGGUGAAUCAGCGUAAUGUGCCUGGGAUAGAUGCUGCAUACUUGGCUAUGGACACAGAGGAAGGGGUGGAGGUAGUUUGGAAUGAAGUCAUGAUCUCAGAGAGGAAGAACUUCAAACUGCUGGAGGAGAAAGUGAAGGCUGUAUUUGAUAACCUGAUCCAUUUGGAACAUGCAAAUAUUGUGAAGUUUCACAAAUACUGGGCUGACACAAAGGAGAACCGGGCUAGGGUGAUUUUCAUCACUGAAUAUAUGUCAUCAGGAAGCUUGAAGCAGUUCCUGAAGAAGACAAAGAAGAAUCACAAGAGCAUGAAUGAAAAGGCUUGGAAGAGAUGGUGCACACAGAUCCUUUCUGCUCUCAGUUAUCUCCACUCAUGUGACCCACCCAUCAUCCAUGGCAACCUGACCUGUGACACCAUCUUCAUUCAGCACAACGGGCUCAUCAAGAUCGGCUCAGUUGCUCCAGACACCAUUAACAACCAUGUGAAGACUUGUCGUGAGGAACAGAAGAACAUGCACUUCUUUGCUCCAGAGUAUGGAGCUGUUGAUGAUGUCACCACAGCUGUAGACAUCUAUUCAUUCGGCAUGUGUGCAUUAGAGAUGGCACUCCUGGAGAUCCAGGGGAAUGGAGAGUCCUCUAAUGUUUCUCAGGAGGCCAUAAACAGUGAAAUACAGUUACUGGAGGACCCACUGCAGAGGGAGUUAAUACAGAAGUGCCUCGAGUGUGAUCCCAGUACAAGGCCUACAGCCAGAGAGCUGCUGUUUAACCAGGCUCUGUUUGAAGUACCACUGCUAAAACUGCUCGCUGCACAUUGCAUUGUCAGUCACCAACACAUGAUUCCUGAAAAUGCCUUAGAGGAGAUGACCAAAAACCUGGACCCCAACCUGGUCAUCGCUGAGACAAAAGAGGAUGUUCAGCUCAAGCUUUUGCAGUUUCCUGCUUUGGAGCUUGAUAAAUUCCUGGAGGAUGUGAGGAAUGGUAUUUAUCCAAUGACAGCGUUCGGGCUGCCCUGUCCUCAGCAGCCUCAGCAGGAGACGGUUAAAUCUCCUGUUGUCAUCCCCUUGGUCAAAUCCCCCACCCCUGAACCUGCAGAGCUUGAGACACGGCGGGUCAUUCAUAUGCAGUGUAAUGCUGAACCUGUUGAGGAAGGAGCAAAGUUUCAUCUAACAUUACUGCUGAAACUGGAGGACAAACUGAAUAGACAUCUAAGCUGUGACAUGUUACCUCAGGAGAAUGUUCAAGAGUUGGCUGGAGAGUUGGUGCAGCUGGGCUUAAUCAGUGAGUUGGACCAAAACAAGAUAGCAUGCCUACUAGAAGAAACUUUCAGCCAAGUUCUUCACUAGCAAGGGUUUCAUCAACCGUGUCUCCUCACAAAUACACUCUGUCAAACCGAUUACACAUUUUUUUUUAAUUACUCAACACAGUGGCUAUAUUUAAUGUUUUUUUGUAUCAUUAUACCAAACCAUAGGCAGCAAUGUGACCAAAAGUGUAAGUUUUUCCUUGGAAUCAGGGACUAAAACUUCCUAAAAGCACAUAAAAGCUUUAAUAUGAAGCCAGUUUUACUCCAAAAAAGGCACAUGCAUUUUAUUUAAGUCAAAACAUACAUAUACGCAUACAUACAUGGAAUUAUUUUGAAUGAACUGGCUAUCAAGCUGGCUGUUAAGUUUAAUUAAAAUAUAUUAAUGCUGCAACAGACAUUUUGAUUACAACAGUACUGACUAGAUUACUUGCAGCUUUAUGAUGAAACCCAGUUUUUCUCAAGCACAGUUGUAUUAUAGUGAGGUGUUUACAUAAUGAAUUGCUUGGCCGGCCUGUGUCCCGGGAUGAAACAAUCUAAAUCGUCAUCAAAGACUGAUUCAGGCCUUCACUUGAGUCACAUCACAUAUUAACUCUUGUACUAAAUUUUACUAGUUGGACCUACACCCUUUGAGCACCACCAAAGAAAAUUUUUACAAAUUAAGCUAACCCUUUUUUUUUCAACCAAUGUCAUUUCAUGUGGUUCUCUCUUUCAUUUUGCUGGAUUGCAAAGAGGGAACCUUCAACUUAAUUUUUUAAAUAGAACUAUUUACCCAUGGUUAAUGUUUGUAAAAGGCCAUUGAUGCACAACAAAAUGUAUGUGCAUUACUGCAUAACACAUUUUGGUCGGGCAUCUUGCCAGCUCUCUCUGGAAGAUAGUCACUUUGAGGUACUGUGAACUUAGUGUUACUGAAUUUCCGUUUUGUGUGUUUGAUUUUAUAUUUUUGCUCUACUAUUUGCCUUACUGUGGGCCUACGCACAUGCCCUAAAGUUUUCUUUUUUCCAAUUGUUUUUCUUAUUUUAUUAAUUGUUUUACCAUUUGCUGCUUGUUGGGUUCACACAUGCUACUCUGCCUUUAAAAUUCAUUCAUGUGAGACUUGUGUCGUGAACUCAGCUGCCAUAUGCUGUAGAAAGAGGACCUAGCCUCUUGCUGAUACAUCCAUGUGAGAGUUUCAUGUUUUAUUUAUGUUACAAAUACUGUAUAUCAGGUGUUUUUCUUUACUUAUUUCCCUUUUGUUUACUUAAGUUCCACAUGGAGACCACAUUGUGGAGAAUCUGAGCCAAUACAGAACUUCUCUAGUUUGUUUUCUGUUGCUUUUAUUUUCAUCUGAUCAUUUGAUAAAAGUGGGACCUAGUGGAUUGACAAUAUCGUUCACAGGUUUACCAAAGCUUCUAAACUUGAAUAAAAUAUUUUACAUCAUGCAGGUCUUGUUUAGACUUGCAUUGAGAUCAAGGAGUUGCCUGUGGCCUUUUUGUGACAGUUUGGCUCAGAAUUCUUUGUGGACUACUGGUACUACUGUGUCCGAGAGCUCACAUAAUUCAGUAUCUUAAACAGGCAAUAAGAAUAUAUCAUAAAGUAUCAAUAUGUAUUGGAAAACACAAAACAACAGUUGAGAUAUUAUUGCAUAGAAUAGCUUCCUUUGAUCUGGUAUUUUAUUUAAAUUGUAUUUUGUCUUACAAUCACUCUGCCAGCUUAAGUUCCGGCAGAGCUUUCCUCUGGUUGUUGAGUUGUAAUGUUAAAUUGCAAACAUCACUAAUGAGAUCAUAUUAAUCCAAUGAUCUCCACUCGUGUAUUUCUUGAGUAUUUUUUUAUGCCUCUGCUCCAGAGACAGCCAGGGCCAGAGGCAUUAUGUUUUUGAGUUGUCCGUAUGCAUGUCCGUCUGUCCGUCCAUCCGUCCGUCCGUCCGUCCGUCCGUCCCAUUCUCGUCAACACAAUAUCUCAGUAACACCUCGAGGGAAGUUCCUCAAAUUUGGUACAAACGUUCACUUAGACUCAAGGAUGAACUGAUUAGAUUUUGGUGGGCAAGGGUCAAAGUUUGAGGUCACUAUGACCCACAAAUCAUGUUUUUGGCCAUAACAUACGAACUCAUACACUAAUUAUGACAUAAUUUAACACAAAUAUCUAAUAGGAUUAAAUGAUGAAGUGAUGACAUUUUAUAUCCAAAUGGUCAAAGGUCAAAUUCACUGUGUGAAAAACACUUUUGGCCAUUAUUCAAUGUUAAACUUGGGAAGGGGAGACCGUGACCAUAUUUCCUGCACCUUUGUUGGUUGGUGGAAGCAUACAACCAAGAGGCAGUAAUUCUAGUUUUAGUGUAUUCUGACAACUAUUAUGCUCCAAACUGCAUAUUUUGCUGUACAUACCUUGUGUAGCGCAUUUUAAUACAUUGUUUACUUUGUUCUCCUCUGUUUGUAUGUCUAUUUGUGAACUGUUGAGAUUGUAUAUCCCAAAGAUAUGUUCUUAAGUUAGCUAGUAGAAUGUAAAUGCACCACUCCUUGUAUAGAGAAGUUGAAAAAUCCAAAAAAUGUUUUUAUCAGAGCAGCUUUACACUGACUCUGUCUUUCUAUCUCUCUCUCCCUGUCACCCUCUGUACCAUCUUUUCCACUCAAAUUACCAGUGGUGUUGAAAGUGGUUAUUAUAUAAUCGCACAUGAUGGGCAGCUUUAGCCUGUUACUCCAGGUUAGUAGUUGUGGUUAUAUUUGGAUAUUCUUAUAUUUUGUAUAUGACAUGAAUGUCAGUAACUGAGUGUCUUUUCUGAGACGUGUAUCCUGACAAAAACUGCAAAGUAUGACUGGUCUUUCAAAUAAAUGUGUGAAGUGCUUGA